CUCUCAUUUUUAUUUAUAUUUUUCCCUCUUUCCUUCACCCACCGAUGAUGAUAAUAACACCGAGAUUGACGCAAUAUGCGUGAUAUGUAAUAAUAUGUGGAUCACGGAGGAAAGGUUGUCACUGGAUCUGCUCUACCAACUGCCGAUUACGCCUCAAGUGUCAGCUGAUUCUCCAAUUCCCCAGUGAUGACUAAAAAACGAUGAACAAUAACGAUAAACAAUUGCUGCAUCAAGUGGUUCUUGAAUAAUGCUAAAUUGCCACGUGAACGAUCCAUCACUUCAACAAUUUCUGUUAAAUUCAGAAUUAUUCUGAUUGAUUUAUUUUACUGAUACGAGAAAUGGAGACUGAAAAAAACAGUGAUAAUAAUUCCGUUCCUGAUGGUUUUGCAAAAGGAAAUAAAGAUUCCAAUAAAGAGGACCUUGAGGAGCGGUACAAUAAGCUGAAAGGAUUUGCUGUGAAGCUGAAGAAAAAAGUGAAUGAUCUGUCGGAGGAAUUGAAAGCGUCAGAAGUCGAAAAGCUUAAAGCUCUUGCUGAGAAAGAUGAGAUACAGAGGAAAAUCUCGCAGAUAUCGGAUAAUGCCAAGAAGUUGCAGACUAUUCAGCUGGAAUAUGAUCGGCUCCAAGACGCCCUGGAGGAGCAGAGGACCGAUAACAAGAAGAUAACGAAAAAUCUGGAGACCUUGGUCCUGGAGAAUACAACCUUGAAGCAAUCUCAUUACGAUCAGAAGGAGAUCGUCGCACAGACCAAUUCAGAUCUGGAUAAUCGCACGAGGGAGUUGGCCGAGCUGAAGACGAUCUUCAAGAAAAAUCAGAGCUCAAUUAAGAAAUUGGAGGAUGAGAAGAGGGCGGAGGUGAUGAUCAGGGAGCAGAGGGAGAGCGAUUACGAGGACAUUAAGAAUCAAUUAGAGUCGGAAAUUCAGGCUCAUAAGACAACGAAGGGAUUGUUGGAAACAGCGAAGCAAGAACGAGCUAGUAAUAAUGUUCUGUCCUUGGAGGUGGAUAAUUACGAGAAAAGCAUCGAGGACCUGAAAUCGAAAUUAAUUGACGAGUCAGAAAGAUCGAAGACCCUGGAAUUUACAAUAGACGAACAACGCCAGCUUCUGGUUACUCUGGAAGAUCAACUCUCAGAAUUGAGAUCCUCGUGUUUCUCUAAAACGAAUCAAAUGACAACCCUGAGCGAUAAAAACGAAAGUUUGAAGUCAGAAUUGUGCGAUUUGAGGCAAGAAAUUGUCCAGAUGACGAAAGAGAAAGAGAGUCUCCUGGAGGCAAUGGAGAUCGUGAAGCUGAGCUCUGAUAAAUUAUCAAAGGAAUCAGCAGUCUUCACAGCAGAGAAGAGCCGACUUGUCUCAGAGAUGGAAAUUCAGGGUAAAAAUCACGUGCAAGAGGUGGAGAUUCUCAGGUGCGAAAUUACGAGAUUAAAUGAGAACCUCGAGUACUCGAAGAGUGACAUCGAGGCCUUGAGGGGUGAGUUCGAGGGAUAUAAGAGACGUGCACAGAGUGUUCUGAGAAAUAAACAGAGUCAGAGCAAAGAGUCUGGAUUGAAUGGUCGGAGUAUCAGCGAGAUCGAAGGAGAAUUGAAUCACCUGAGGAGUCAAUUGUCUCAGUUGCAGGAGAAAUUGGAGGUGAGGGGUGGCGAGAUCAAGUCACUGAGCACUGAUUUGAGUUUGGUGAGGGAAGAGAGGGACUCGGUGAGAGACAGCGCUAGGGAAUUGGGGAAAAAACUUUCAGGACUCAGCCAGGAUCACUCCACCCUGAGGGAACAGUACAGAAUGCAACUGGCUGUUGUCGAUAGGAUUAAAGAGGAAUUCGAGGACAAAGAGGAGGGGUUGAAGAGACAUUACGAGACACAAAUCUCCACUCUGGAGGAUAGACAUCAUCUGGAGGUGGAGAAACUCCGUUCUGACCUCAUGAAGUUAUCCAGAAUAGAGAGAAACUCAGAAUUCAGAAGUGAUCCUGAGAAUUCAUCUAGGAAUGAUAUGUACCUGUUGGAGAGAGAGGAUGGCGAGGGCUCUGAGAGUGUAGAGUCGUAUACAAUCGGUGGCUCGUCCACCGAGAAGCAGAGGAGACCUUCUCUGAUGCCUCUGGAGGAGCUUCUCAAUUCGUCCGAUGAUAUUCCCAGAUCCAGUGGUCCUGCACUCCCUUUGAAAGUCGAUCGCCAGGAGUUAGAACUAUCAGAGAGACGAGUCAAACAUCUCACAGCAUUACUUGCAGAUGCUGAGAGGGAUGUAGCUAAACUCAAUCAGAUGAAUCAGAUGCUCAAGGAAGAUAUCCGGAGGCAACAGAGAAGCGUCGAGAGGGAGCAUCAUGCCAACAAUUUUGAAUAUCUCAAGAAUGUCAUCAUGAAAUUUGUCACUUUGAAAAAUGGGGAUGAGAAGAGUCGACUUAUUCCAGUGCUCAAUACAAUUCUGAAGUUGAGUCCUGAGGAGAGUCAGCAGCUUGAUCAAGUGGCAGGGGUUGCAGGACGGGGUUGGCUUCCAUCUCUUCCGAUUCCUGGAUGGAGUCACGAGUAAUUCCUUUGUUGUGUCGAAGGAAAAUGAGACAGGGCCCUUACCGCAGAGUAUUUUCAAACCCCGAUGCAAUAAUGAUGAAUAUUUUUAAUUGAGAAAAUGCUUGUUUACUUGCAUAAUUAUAGAGAAUAAAUCAAAAGUUUUAUAA